AUUGGAAUGCAACUUUUCAGAGGGUGUUGCCACUAGCCGUUACGCAUUGUCCAGAGCAAAACCCAUCUGAACGAAUUCGAAAACUCAAAGAAAGAAAAGCACAACAUUAAAGGGGGAUAAGCUCUGACAUACCUUUGCUUCUUUCCCUCUUUUGUUUCUUUAUUUUCUUCUUAUAAAUGCGUUAUUGUUGUUUGUUGGCAUCUGUUCUCAGCAGGACUCGCUUGUUUCUCUUCCACUACUUUCAAUCUAUUUAUAUUUGCCUUUGGAGUUUGAAGCACACAACUUACAGAGAUGUAUCCAAAAGUGAUGGUUAGGCAACAAGAAGAAGAGCAAGAUGAUACAGGAUCAUCUCUGUUCAUAAGGGUUACUGAAUCUCUGUCUUUACAAGAUCAUCACCCUUCUGAUGACGAAAACCAGAGCAAUUCUUCUCCUUCUGCUGUCGGAAUGAAGAAGAACAAUGCCCUUACUGCGAAAGCACAACCCGCUACCCCAUCCAAAGCACCAAAGGGCAAUAAUACCCCAACUAGCAAGGAUACCAAACUCUCGAAUUGCAGAGCUAUUUUAGUUUCUCGCCCUCGUGCAGUCCUAUCCAGUCCCGAUAAUGAUGGGAUGAUUGGAAAUAUUAACAAGUUAGCCAUCGAAAGAUCUUCCUCUUUGAAAAAUCUUCGCCCCAGGGAGAAAGUGCCUGCCCAAACUACACCCAUUUCUAUCACCAUAAAAGGCCCCACGGCUGGAAGUCCUCUGGCUGCAAGAAAAGGUUCCAGGGGUGCAUUUGGUAACAAGAGCGGCCUUACACAGAGCAAAUCUCCAAAGUCGCUUGUUGUUCCAAGGCGGAUAUUGAGUUUGAAAAAGGAUAAAUCAAGCUCAACAGAGAUUUAAAUAUCAGUGUCUUCUAAACAUACAUCAUGCAGGACUUGAUUUGUAAAAUGCUAAAUGGUUUGAUAAUUGAUUUAUACUAACAUUUUUAAUGUUGUUUA